CACGAUUACUACGAUUUCGGCUUUAACAGUAGAAAUGGCGUCCGUUAUGGAUGCGGACGCUCAGGACAGCUACGGUGAGAGCAAAUCGGCAAUGCACACUUGGCGUUAUCGCCACCAUUUCACGUACAAGGCAGAUCAAGGAAAAAAUAUCAUCGUCCAGUGUAAUCUAUGUCUGCCGAGGGUUAAUCUGCUGUCCACGUCGAAAACAUCCACAUCAAACCUAAAGAAGCAUUUAGACAGAACACAUUUGGGCUGUGAUGCCAGGCCUGAUGCCAAGAGAGGGAGGAGGAGAGAUGAGCAAAAUGGAGAAGAGAGCAGGCACCUGCAGCUUAAAAAACUUAAAGCAGAAAUCAUGGCCAAAUGCAUGACCCAAACAAAGACUGAUGAUCUCAUUUUUGAUUUCAUCGUGGAGGACUGUCAGUCAUUUUAUCUGCUUGAGCAGCCUGGCUUCAAGAAGUUGAUUGCAGGUUUAACUGAGGGGCUAAAGUCCAUGGACAGGGUGACUCUGUUUACUAAAGUGGACCAGGGUUUCUCCAGGAUGCGGGAGGAUCUGAUGGCCAAACUGAGCAGCAUCCAGUACGUGUGCACCACAGCUGACAUCUGGACGGCCAACAACAGGAGCUUCUUUGGGAUGACCUGCCACUGGAUUGAUCCAACUUCUCUGGAGAGGAAGUCUGCUGCUGUGGGGUUUGCACGGCUGCAGGGCAGGAUCACGUAUGACAGCAUCGCUGGGCGGAUACAUGACAUACAUGUUGCAUACAAUAUUGAAAGUAAAGUUCAGACUACAGUGACUGACAACGGCAGCCCCUUUAUGAGCGUGUUCAAAGAGUUUGCAUCAGACAUCAAGGGAAGUGAUGAUGACAUCGGCUUCUAUGAGAAUGUGGGCGCUGUCCUGGAGGGUGAGCCGGAGCAGGACAUGUUGCUGUUUCUGCCCACUGUGCAGCGCUGUGCGUCACACACCCUGGAGCUGAUUGUGACUGAGGACUUCCGGCAGGCGGUGUCACAGGGGCCAAUGUGUCAGCUACAUUACAGCACAAUGGCAAAGGUUUACACCAUAUGGAGCAAAUGUCACCAUCUCCAGGUGGGCAUGGACACGGCAGAGGACAUAGGAAAGAUGCCCCUCUGUGUCCCGACUGUCAUACGCUGGAAUGUGGAGUACUGUGCCGUGCAGAAGGUCAUCUCUCUCAGUGAGCGUGAGCUGACGGAGCUGUGCGCUCGCCUGGAGGUGCCUCGCUUGCAGCCGGAGGAGAUGGCCUUCCUGAAGGAGUAUGUGACUGUGUUCCACCCGCUUGCUUUUGCACUUGAACUUUUCCAAGCAGAGCAGAAAUGUUACCUGGGUCUGGUCAUCCCCACCAUACUCAGUCUGAAGAAUAAGUUAAAUGAGCAAAAAGACAAUGCCAAUUACUUUGCUGAUGUCAUCAAUACCAUCGUUAUGGCCAUUGAUGUGCGGUUCCAGGAGCUGUUCACCAGCACAGAGGCGAAAAUUGCAACAGCGACGACCCCCCAGUUUCGUUUGUGGUGGAUGGCUGCCUCAGAGAGGGAUGAGAUGUGCUCCCUGCUGGCUACAGAGGCCUCGCAGAUGGACCCCUGCAUCAUCACCGUGGCGAACACCAGCCGGAACUUGUCAGCGAUCGAAUCAGAGGACGACUUCUUCAGCUACGGGCCUGUGAAGCCUGCCAUUCAGAUGCAGCAGCGGGGGGUGAUGGCGGAGAUUCAAAAGUACCUCGAAGGAAAGGGGAAGAGCCUAGAGUGCCUUCAGGACUUCCCAAGAGUGAAGCAGCUCUUCCUCAAAUACAACACCACGCUGCCCUCCACCGCCCCCGUGCAGCGUCUCUUCAGUCAGAAAGGAAACCUAGUCACCUCACAGAGAAACUUUCUGACUGAUGACUACUUUGAACGCAUUCAGCUUUUGAGAUACAACAGCAAAGUGUGCACUUUGGACACUGACUGAACAUUCUGUGACUCUGUCUUUGUCUGCCUUUUUAAACGACGUAGAAUCAAACCAUAUUGUGCUAAAAAAUCAUGAAAGAGAAACCCUGAGUGUAAUAUCAUUUUGGACAAUUCAGCCCAGAUGUGUCUUGUCUUUUUUUACAAACAGUCCCUUACCUGUUUUGAUAUCAUACAUGUCACACUGCUGAAUGGCCUGAUGGGGAAAAAAAUGACAAUCAUGAACAGUGACAUUCACAGACGGAAAAACUGACAAAGCAUUCGUCAAUCUGUGCUGUUGUUGUGAUAUGAAGUAGCUACAGGGUGAAAGUGAAGUGGUUGUCUCGGUUUAGCUAGAACCUUUUUCUAUGACUGAUCUGUGAGAACACGUCUGUCUGUAUGUUUUAUAUCAUAUAUAAAGACACAUGGAAAGAGCCUUA